AUGGAUGCAAGAUUUGAUGCAGUUGUCAUCUCAAAGAAGCAGAUACUGGGACUUUGCAGACAAUUUCGGCACGUUGUUGAACAACUUGACAAUAUUGACCAACUGGACACAUUAGACGACAUACGCCUCGCAAGUCGUGACGAUGUUGAUCAGGUAAUUUCCUGGAACGCCUCGCAACCUUGGGAGGGCGUAGAAAAGACUUUCCAUGAUAUCAUUUCCGAUCAGGUUCACCUGACUCCCAAUGCUGUUGCCAUCACGGGUUGGGAUGGUCAGAUGUCAUACCUCGAGUUAGAUGAGCACUCAACAUGGGUUGCCAAGAUUUUGGUGUCAAAGUCCAUUGGCCAUGAAACUGUUUUCCCCCUGUGCUUUGAAAAGUCUAAAUGGGCUGUUGUCGCGGAGCUCGCUGUCCUGAAGGCCGGAGGUGUCGUCACUCAGCUGGGUGCAUACAUCCUUUAA